AUGGGUGUUCCAUCUUUUUUCAGAUGGUUAUCAAGGAAGUAUCCAAAAAUUAUCUCACCAGUUCUUGAAGAACAACCCCAAAUUGUGGAUAAUGUCAAAUUGCCACUUGAUUACUCAUUACCAAAUCCAAAUGGUGAACUAGAUAAUUUAUAUCUAGAUAUGAAUGGUAUCGUCCAUCCAUGUUCUCACCCAGAGAACAAACCACCUCCAGAAACUGAAGACGAGAUGCUUUUAGCCGUGUUUGAAUAUACCAAUCGUGUUUUAAAUAUGGCAAGACCAAGGAAAGUCUUGGUAAUGGCAGUCGAUGGUGUUGCACCACGUGCCAAAAUGAAUCAACAACGUGCUCGUAGAUUUAGAAGUGCUAGAGAUGCUCAAAUUGAAAAUGAAGCUCGUGAAGAAAUUCUACGUCAGAAGGAGGAAAUUGGUGAAAUGAUUGAUGAUGCUGUUAAGAAUAAGAAAACAUGGGAUUCGAAUGCUAUUACACCGGGAACACCAUUUAUGGAUAAAUUAGCAGCAGCUUUGAGAUAUUGGACUGCUUUCAAAUUGGCCACUGAUCCAGGUUGGAAAAGUUUACAAGUUAUAAUCAGUGAUGCUACUGUACCAGGUGAGGGUGAACAUAAAAUUAUGAAUUUCAUUAGAUCUCAAAGAGCUGAUCCUGAAUAUAAUCCAAAUACAACCCAUUGUAUUUAUGGUCUAGAUGCAGACUUGAUCUUUUUAGGAUUGGCCACUCAUGAACCACAUUUCAAAAUCUUAAGAGAAGAUGUAUUUGCGCAAGAUAAUAGAAGGCGAGGCAACACCUUAGCAGAUAGUAUUAAUAUGUCUGAAGAGGAGAAAAGAUUAAUCCAAGAACAAGACGCUCAAAAACCAUUUUUAUGGCUACAUAUUAGUACCUUAAGGGAUUAUUUAAGUGCAGAAUUAUGGAUUCCAAGGUUACCAUUCCCAUUUGAUUUGGAAAGGGCUAUCGAUGAUUGGGUUUUCAUGUGUUUUUUCUGUGGUAAUGAUUUUUUACCUCAUUUACCUUGUUUAGACGUUCGAGAAAAUAGUAUUGAUAUUCUUUUAGACAUUUGGAAAGUUGUCCUACCGAAUUUGAAGACUUAUAUGACAUGCGAUGGUGAAUUGAAUUUAGAGUCAGUUGAGAUGCUUUUGAAACAACUAGGUUCUCGUGAGAGUGAUAUUUUUAAGACCAGACACAUUCAAGAAAUCAGGAAACAAGAAAGUAUUCAAAGAAGGAAAUUACAAAGACAAAAUGGAAAUAACAAUUUUGCAACUGGUCAAGAACAAUUACAAAUGCAUGAUACUUCUGGUAACCUAGCAAAGGGUUCUUGGAACUUGACAACAAGUGAUAUGGUAAGGUUAAAAAAGGAGUUGAUGUUAGCUAACGAGGGUGAUCCUGAAGCAAUACGCGAUAAUAAAAGACUGAAAGUAGCAAAAAUAGAUGAAUUGACUAAGAAUAUUAGUAAUGAAGAGAUGGACAAAGUUGUUGAUUUGGCCAACAAAUCAAACUUCACUGCCGCUGAGAUAAUGAAAAAGAAAUUACAAGCUAGGAAGCAUAAAUUGGAAGAAGAUGAGAAGAAAGAAAAAGAAGAGGGAGCUGAAGCUGAAGCUGAAGAAGAGAGAUCAAAAAAAAAAUUGAAAACAGAAGAAGAUAAUUUGAAUGAAGAAAUUUCAAACGAAGUUGAAGCAGAAAACGAAGAUGAAGAAAGCAGUGUUAGCGGAACAGCAACUCCAUCUGCAGUUGUAGUUUCAAAUGGCCCAAUUAAAAGUGGUGUUAUUGAUACUGAUGAGGCUGUUAGGCUCUUUGAGCCUGGUUAUAGAGAACGUUAUUAUAAAGCUAAAUGUUAUGUCUCUGACGAAGAUAUUGAAUCUUUAAGAAAGGGGAUGGUGAAAUCGUAUAUUGAAGGUGUUUCUUGGGUGUUGUUAUAUUAUUAUCAAGGUUGUGCUUCAUGGAACUGGUAUUAUCCAUACCAUUAUGCACCAUUUGCUCAAGAUUUCUUUGGAAUAACUGAUAUGGAUGUUAAAUUUGAAUUAGGUGAACCCUUUUUACCAUUUGAACAACUGAUGAGUGUUUUACCAGCAGCUUCUGGUCAUACUUUGCCAAGUAUAUUCCGUCCACUAAUGAGUGAACCUGAUUCCCCGAUUAUUGAUUUCUACCCUGCUGAGUUCCCAAUUGAUAUGAACGGGAAAAAGAUGUCAUGGCAAGGUAUCAGUUUGUUACCAUUUAUUGAUGAGAAACGAUUAUUGAAAACUGUUCGUGAACAAUACCCCAAAUUAACUGAUUAUGAAAAAUCUAGGAAUGUUCGUAAGGAAGCUGUAUUAUUAAUCAGCAACAAGAACGCUAAUUAUGAGAAAUUUACAAAAAAACUAUAUAAAUCUGUCGAUGGCAAGAUAGAAACUGCUGAAUUAUUAUUCCAUCAUUUCAAGAGUGGUCUAAGUGGUAUUGUCUGUACUGAUAGUGAAGGUUUUACUUUGGGUUCAAAAAUAUUAUGUCCAGUUCAAGGUGGAUCACUGCCCGAUCUUUCUACAAAUUCACUACUGAAAAUGACCUAUAAGCUGUUGCCAUUACCUUCAAGGAAUAAAUCAGUUAUAUUAAAUGGUUAUAUUCCUCCUGAACGUGUGUUAAACCAAUAUGAUCUUGAUUCUGUGAUGUACAAAUACAACAAUAACCCACGUAAUAAUCGUUGGAAUUUUGGAGAUGAUAUGAAACAAAAUAAAAUCCCAGUAGGACCAAGUGGUACUACCCAAUAUAAACCAAGAGUCGGCGGAUUCAGAGCUUUCUUCUUCUUUGGCCAACAGCAACAACAGCAACAGCAAUAUCAUCAACAACAACAGAACGUUAACAUCACGUCUGGUAACACACAGUAUACAAAUGGUACUCGAUAUCAAUCUAAUAACAAUUAUAAUAAUCGUGGAAGGUAUAAUAAUAAUAAUACCGGUCGUGGCGGUAAUUAUAGAAAUAAUAGUACAAAUGGUCGUAUGAAUGACCAAGAUGGUAGAGGAGGUAGUUUCAGAGGUGGUAACAAUGGUAAUAGAUAUAAUAACAGGAAUUAUAGCGGUAAUCAAAGAGGUAACUCAAGUCGCUAUCAAGGUGGUCCGCCCCGUCGUUAG